UGAUCUAGAUGAUUCUUCUGGUGCACCAUGAGAUCGCUGGUAAUGAGACAGCUCAGGCCAAAUUAUUGGUCAUUAGUCAAUCUGCGGCCAAUUGGACAGUAAGCCCUGAAGUUGUAGAAAAUUAUUAAUUUUCUUCCCUUCAAAAUUGAAAAGAAACUUUAGUUGCAACUGCAAGAAAUAUGAGUACUUCACAAAGUUUUUUACCUUGGAGGAAGAAAGAAACUUAAAGAAAAGAUCAUGUCAUCUACAAUGUGUUGUGGGCGCUUUACAAAAGAGUGUGACCAAUUAAAAUAUGUUUUAGAGAGAACUAUAAAACAUGGAGAGAGUGAUUCAGUUUUACUGAUAGGGUUCAAAGGAUCCGGAAAGACUACGAUUCUGAACCAUUCAUUAAAUACAAUAAGACAAUCUGGUCAUGAUGAUUUCACCAUUGUUCAUUUGAAUGGACUAAUCCACACUGAUGAUGGUUUGGCUUUGAAAGAAAUUAUUUGUCAGCUGCAUCUUAAAGAGUUAGAAGGUGACAGAGUGGCUGGUUCUUUUUCAGACAAUUUGUUGUUCCUACUGCAAAGUUUAAGGACAGGAGACAGAAAUACUUCAAAACCUGUCAUUUUUAUUUUGGAUGAAUUUCAUCUGUUUUGUUCUCAUCGCAAUCAAACGUUAUUAUAUAAUCUGUUUGAGGCAGCUCAAGCAAGUUGGGCACCGAUCUGUGUCGUUGGAAUGACGUCUCGUGUAGAUGUAACAGAGCUGUUGGAGAAGAGAGUGAAAUCCCGAUUUUCUCACAGGACCAUCCUUCUUCUUUCAAAUCCAACACUUAAAGAGAGACUGCAGUUGUUCAAGUCAUUACUUACUUUUGAAACUAAGGAUUCAAGAAAGACAGAUAGUUUCAUCCAAAGGUGGAAUGAAAAUAUAAAUAGCCUAUGUAAUGAGGGAUCUGUAUGUGAUGUAUUAGAA